AUGGAAGAAUCCAAAUUUAAAUCAUGGAACCUUGACAAUGGCUCCACACUUUCAGAGCAAGAAAUCUUAAAUAUAUUCGUUGAACUUGGCGAUAUGUUUGGGUUUCAAAACGACAAUGUAAACAAUAUGUUUGACCAUUUCAUGACUCAAUUAGAUUCUCGAUCUUGCAGAAUGAGAUGCCCCACCGCUUUACUUUCAUUACAUUUGGAUUAUAUCGGUGGGAAAAAUUCCAAUUAUAAGAAAUGGUUUUUUGCAGCACAAUUUAAUUUUGACUACGAUAUUACCUGGAAUCCAAAGAAAUCAAUAAAGAAAAAGAAGAAUCGAAAUUCAAUAGAGGAAGAAUCAAAUGAAUCAAAAUGGGCCAGAAGGUUUCAUGGAUGCACAGAUAGUGAUUAUGUAUACCAUAUUGCACUAUACUUGCUAAUAUGGGGAGAAGCAAAUAACGUACGAUUCAUGCCUGAAUGUAUAUGCUUUAUAUUUCAAAGUGCAUUUGAUUAUUGGCAGUACCAAAGAUCUAUAUUACCCACCGAUAAAGAUCAACAGGAAAAUAUUGGCCUUCCUCAAUUCCACUUUUUAGAUCAGAUAAUUACUCCCAUCUAUAAUUUUAUAAGGGAUCAGCAAUAUUGUAAAGCCGAAGGUGGGGGAUGGCAACGUAAAGAAACUGAUCAUGCAAACACUAUCGGUUAUGAUGAUAUAAAUCAGCAAUUUUGGAGUCCAAAAGGUCUUUACAAAAUCAAACUUCGUGAUGGUAGGAGAUUGUAUUCAUUACCUAAGGAAGAAAGAUAUAUGAAAGUCGGGGAAAUAAAUUGGGACAAAGCAUUCAAGAAAACUUACAGGGAAAGAAGAACAUGGCUCCAUGUAAUUACUAAUUUCAAUCGAGUUUGGAUUGUACAUGUAUCGGUAUUUUGGUAUUUUAUGUCACUUAACUCGCCGUCUCUUUAUACCCCUGAUUAUGUACCUAACAAAGAACCACAAAUGCACGUUAGAUUGGCAAUUAUGUCAUUGGGUGGAGCAAUUGCUUCUUUACUAUCGUUAGCAGGUGAUAUUUGUGAAUAUUUCUUUGUUCCAAGAAGAGUUCCAAACAAACAACAACUUUGGCAUAGAAUUGUAUUCCUUGUGAUUCUUACUAUCCUCAAUAUAUCUCCUUCCAUUUAUACCCUUGGGUUUUUAUAUUGGGAUCAAUAUUCCCAUAAUGGUAUUGUUAUCGGAAGUAUCCUGCUUACAUUUUCCAUUUUGACGUUUCUUUAUUUAUCGAUUGCAUCACCAGGAGACUUUCCAGGAACGGGUGCAAAUAAUACAUUUUCAGGAUCGUUUCCCAGGUUGAAGUUACGAAGUCGAAUAUUUUCCUGUUUAUUAUGGAUCUGCGUAUUUGUUGCAAAAUAUUCAGAAUCUUACUUUUUCUUGAUUCUAUCCAUGAAAGAUCCUAUUCAAAUUUUGUCUACAAUUGUGUUGAAUUGUAGUGAGGGGAAUUUCAUUUGUAAGUUCCAGCCGAAAUUAGCUUUGGUUAUUUUAUACCUUACAGAUUUGAUUUUGUUUUUCCUUGAUACCUAUCUAUGGUACGUCAUUUGUAAUUGUUUAUUUUCAGUAGGGUUAUCAUUUUCAUUAGGUGUCUCCAUAUUCACACCAUGGAGGAAUAUAUUUUGCCGAUUACCAGAGAGAUUAUCCAGUAAGAUCUAUUCCCAAGAAAAUGGAGGAUCUUCCGAUUUGAAUUUGUCGCAAAUAUGGAAUACAAUCAUGUUUUCGUUAUAUCGAGAGCAUUUACUUUCAGUGGAACAAGUCAGCAAAUUAGUUUAUCAACGAGGAAUUAACAAUCAGAAUCCUAUAAGACCAUUGUUUUUUGUUUAUGCUGAUGAUAAUACCUUCCAACUACAUGAUUUCUUUACUAUUGGAAAGGAAUGCGAACGAAGAAUAACAUUCUUUGCCCAAUCACUUUCCAGCCCGCUUCCAGAACCAUUUGAAGUAGUGGCUAUACCUACAUUUACAGUGCUAAUUCCCCAUUAUAAUGAAAAGAUUCUUAUUAAUUUAGAAGAAUUAAUUCUGCACUCGGCACUUUCCAAGUUGACUUUAUUGGAUUAUUUGAAACAACUUUAUCCCAGUGAAUGGGAGGCCUUUGUUAAGGAUAGUAAGAUGUUGGAAACUAUUGAUAUUGACGAUGAUGAUAUAAUCCCUAUGUUGAAUACCGAAAUGAAGGAUGUGUCUAAACAGGUGAACCUCACCAUAAAUUCAGCAGAAUUACCGUUGUACUGUCUUGGUUUCAAAGAUGAAACUCCAGAAAAUAUAUUGAGAACUCUGAUUUGGGCUACAUUAAGAUGUCAAACUUUAUACCGAACAGUAUCCGGGUUUAUGAAUUAUGAAACUGCACUAAAAGUGCUUUAUAAAAUUGAAGAUUUGGGGUUUAAUUCUGAAGAUCACAACGAAGCUGAAUUGGAGGAAUUUGCCAGUAGGAAGUAUAAUUUAUUGGUUGCAAUGCAAAAUUUAGAAAAUUCGGUACCAUUGAAUAAAGAUGCAGAGACAUUAUUCCGGGCAUUUCCAACUCUCAAAGUUGCCCAUUUGGAAAAAGUUAAAAUCAAUGACGAAGUCACUGAAUAUUAUUCCACAUUGUUGGAUGUUUCGAGAACAGACCCCGAAGGGAAACUAUGGAGGAAAUACAGAAUUAAAUUGUCUGGAAAUCCAAUUUUAGGAGAUGGGAAAUCUGAUAAUCAAAACCAUUCAAUUAUAUUUUACAGAGGGGAGUACAUCCAAGUUAUCGAUGCGAACCAGGAUAAUUAUUUGGAAGAAUGCUUAAAAAUCAAGUCAUUGUUAUCUGAAUUUGAGGAAAUCAAUAUAGAUAUUGGGAACGGAUAUGAUCCUGCAGCUAGAGAUACUCAAGAAGAUUCAAAUCCAGUUGCAAUUUUAGGUGCUAGAGAGUAUAUAUUUUCUCAAAAUAUUGGUAUUUUAGGCGACAUUGCUGCAGGUAAGGAACAAACUUUUGGAACCUUAUUUGCUAGAACUAUGGGUGAGAUUGGCUCAAAACUACAUUAUGGACAUCCUGAUUUCCUUAAUGGGAUAUUUAUGACCACCAGAGGUGGUAUUUCUAAAGCACAACGAGGAUUACACCUAAAUGAAGACAUUUAUGCUGGAAUGACAGCCACUUGUCGUGGCGGACGAAUAAAACAUUGUGAUUAUUAUCAAUGUGGGAAAGGUAGAGAUUUAGGGUUUGAAUCAAUUAUCAAUUUCACUACCAAGAUUGGCGCCGGAAUGGGAGAACAGUUACUAUCAAGAGAAUACUUUUACCUAGGCACAAAAUUACCCAUUGAUCGAUUCUUGUCAUUUUAUUAUGCCCAUCCAGGUUUUCAUAUUAAUAAUUUAUCGAUUAUGUUAUCUGUAAAGAUGUUUAUGUUAUUGGUUGCAAAUCUCGGAGCACUUAAUUAUGGUACAAUAUCUUGUGAAGCUGGAGAUAAUCCAACUCGUGGAUGCCAUGAUCUAGGACCAGUUUUGAAUUGGAUUGACAGAUUUGUUCUUUCAGUUUUUGUUUGUUUCUUUAUAUCAUUCUUACCAUUGAUUAUCCAAGAAUUGAUCGAAAAGGGGUUCAUCAAGGCGAUUUAUAGAAUAAUUUUCCAAGUUAUUUCUCUUUCCCCAUUUUUUGAAGUGUUUGUUUGUCAGAUUUAUUUCAAGUCACUUCGAGAUAAUUUAAUAUUUGGAGAAGCUCUGUACAUCGGCACAGGUAGAGGAUUUGCAAUUUCUCGUAUUGCAUUUAGUAAGUUAUAUUCCCAAUAUGCAGGUUCAUCAAUUUAUUAUGGGUGCGAAAUUUUCCUUGUUAUACUAUUUGCAUCCUUGACUAUGUGGAGAAAAGCAUUGGUUUGGUUCGUCAUUACCAUUGUAUCAUUAUGUUUAGCACCUUUUUUAUUUAAUCCCCACCAAUUCAGCAUGAGUGAUUUCUUUAUCGAUUAUGGCAAUUAUAUCAAGUGGUUAUCAAGUGGAAAUUCGUCAAAAACUAUUAAAAUGUCAUGGAUACAUCACAUCAAGACAAAGAGAACCAAAUUAACAGGGGCUAAAAAAGGAAGCUAUUCGCUGGGACGAGAUUCUUCAUUGUUUAAUUUAUUGACAGGGGAAGUAUUUUCACCAUUUAUCACCACCCUACUUUAUUUAUGUCCUUAUUUGUUUAUAAAUAAUGAGGAUAAUUACUUGGGGUUGAAUUUGAAAAAUCCAUUUUUGAAAAUUGCGUUAAUCACCGUGGCACCUUAUUUAGAAAAUGCAGUUGUCUUGCUUGUUCUUUGGCCAUUGUCAAUAGUGCUUGCACCAUUUCUAGGGGUUUGCUACAAAAGUUUACCAGCAGCAAUAGCUGCCAUUGCCCAUGUUAUUUCAAUUUUGGUAAACAUAGCUAACUUUGAAUUUCUAUUCUUUCUUGAAGAUUGGAAUAUUGUCAAGUUGAUUUCAGCAUCGUUGGUUGUACUCAAUUUACACCGAGUAAUUGGUCACUUUAUUCUAAUUGUGUUUGUUUCCCGAGAACGUACAGAUAACAUUACUGACAAUAUUUCCAACAAGGCGUGGUGGUCAGGAAGAUGGAUUGGGAAUGGAUUGGGAUUUUCAGUUGUCACUCAGCAUAUACGCGAGUUCUUGGUUAAGACUUUAGAAUUGAAUAAAUUUACUUUGGAUUUUAUGAUUGGACAUUUCCUUUUAAUUGCCAUGUUUCCAAUCUUGUUUAUUCCAUAUAUUGACCGUUGGCAUACAAGUAUGCUAUUCUGGUUAAAGCCGACAAGACAAAUUUCGCGACCAGUAUUUGGAAAGCGAGAAAGAAGACGGCAGAAAUGGCAAAUAUUUUGGAAUUUCUUGUUAUUUAUAGUAACUGCAUUAUUCUUGGUUGCUGUUAUUAUUGUUCCACCAAUUAUUGAUAGCAAGAUUUUAAAGUUGAAGCUGACAUUGACACCACCAGUUAGCGAUAUUAUCGAUCCUGAUUUGUAUAAAGACUCUGAAUAA